AUGACAAAAGCCUUUGUGUCCUCCUCGCUCUUUCAUGAACAAGCCCGCACAAAUCCUUUGCGAUCUCGCAGCGAUGUUGCAUCUUUCUUGACUUCUAUCCUUGAUGCACUUGAACCUUAUACCUCACCGAAUGGUGCCAGAAUUCAUCUUGGAUAUACUGCCACCCACUUCGACGAAGUUGCAGCUCAACUUGAAGGUUUCUCCCGCCCAAUCUGGGGGUUAGCCUCCCUAAUAGCCGGUGGAGGUUCUUACGACGGAGUAUCUCGUUGGCGCAGCGGUUUAGCAAGUGGAUCCGACCCAAAAAGCGAAGAGUUUUGGGGAAAUAUGAGAGACAAAGACCAGAGAAUGGUUGAAUGCUCUGCCAUUGGCUAUGCGCUAUCUGUAGCUGGCCAGGAGCUUUGGGCACCGUUGAGCGAAACAGCCAAGGAGAAUAUCGGGAAUUGGCUAGGUGGGAUGAAUGACAAGGAGAUGCCAAAUACAAACUGGCUUUGGUUCAGGGUUUUUGCCAAUCUCGGUCUUUCCAAAGUUAAUUCUCCUCGUGCAGAUGCGAAACGAAUGAAAGCCGAUUUGGACCAUCUUGAUACUUUUUACAUUGGCAAUGGUUGGUCAAGAGAUGGGCCUGAAGGCAUCGUGCAACUUGAUUAUUAUUCUUCAUCGUUUGCUAUUCAGGUCGCACAGCUUCUUUACAGCAAGCUUGCGCAAAAGGAAGAUCCCAACCGUUGCGAAGAAUUUAGAAACAGGGCACGCAUGUUUGCCUUGGACUUCAUUCAUUACUUCGAUUCCGAAGGCCGGGCAAUUCUUUUCGGGCGAAGUUUAGUGUAUCGCUUUGCCAUGUCCGCCUUCUGGUCAGCUCUAGCAUUCGCUUUUGAUCCCUCUAACGGUGAUGACGGAGUGAAUUACUCACUUCCUGCACCUCUUACAUGGGGUGUAAUCAAAGGACUACAAUUGCGCAAUAUCCGUUACUGGGCACACACUCAGCCUGGUGCUUUUGAUCGCUCUGGUAUCCUCACUCUUGGGUUUGCGUACCCUAAUCACAACCUCCUCGAGAACUACAAUUCACCCGGAUCUCCUUAUUGGGCCUGCAAAGCAUUCCUCUGCCUGGCUCUUCCUGAAACUAGCUUGUUCUGGACUGAAGAAGAGGAAGAUUAUCCUAGUAGUCUUCUAAAUACGACUAAAGUGUUGAAACACGCUUUACAGAUUACAACGAAUAUCGGAGGACAUACCUAUCUCCUUUCAUCUGGACAACAGUGCUCGUACCCGGUCAAACAAAGCGCGGCAAAAUAUGGCAAACUUGCAUACUCUGCUGCUUUUGGCUAUAGUGUACCCGUUGCCUCAUUGACAUUGGAGGAGCUCGGCGGAGACAGCACAUUAGCAAUAAGCGGAGAUGGUGAAGAGACCUGGAAAUGUCGACGGGUCACGAAGGAGGCGCGAUUUGAAGGGACAGAUGAGAGGCAAUGGCUUCGCUCCAUGUGGUAUCCUUUCCCAGAUGUGGAGAUCGAGACGUGGCUUAUACCCCCCACUCUUGACGCCCCUUUAUGGCACCUUCGUGUUCAUCGUAUCCGUAUGCAGAAUGGUGACAGGGUGUUAUCUACUGCUGAGGGUGGUUGGGCAAUCUACGGACAAGGUCAGGAUGAAAGAGCUCUUGAACCCGUUCAAGAUGGUGAACACUCCGAGAGCGAAGGCACGUUUGCAGCUGGGGGACUUGCGCGACUUGUGUCAAGGGCGGGUGUAGCAGGUAUCGUAGACCUUUCCCCAGAAGCGAUCAGGAAAGGCCAAGCUCUUCGGACGGAUGCCAAUACAAAUCUCAUCGCGGCGCGUGCAGUGCUUCCUGUGUUACGUGCAGGGUAUAAGGAGAAGGACACGGACAUAUGGCUUGUUUCUGCCGUAUUUGGGCUACCUUUUGACCGAGGUGAUUUUAACAAAAACAAGGGCUGGAUGGUAGAGUGGAUGAAAAGACCUGUACUUCCAAAGGAGAUUCUGGAGCGGAUAUGGAAAAAAUGA